AUAAUGCGCCACCCGGAGGUUUUUUGAGCGAGCACAAAGUCGUCCAUUAAGCCACGUGAGAAUCAGAAGAAGAGGAAAAAAAGUUGCUAAUAAUUAUUUUAGUGUUUGUGUAAGAUGUCGGAUUCAGAAGAGGAUUGUCAGCUGGGAGCGGAGUCUGAACAGGAGGGUUCUGAGCUCUCUGAUGGAGAACUUCAAGAAGCAUUCGCCAAAGGUCUCCUGAAACCUGGCAUGAACGUUCCUGUAGAAGAACCUAAAAGAUCAACGAACAACGUGGAGGGUUUGAAGAAAUGUCUGGCAGAGUUUAAGAGGAAUCUGGCCUGGGUGGAGAGACUGGACCUCACCAAUCCUCCUGCUGUCGACAUGGUGGCUAAAGCGGAGGGGAGGAUGGAGCUGAGCCAGGACGGAGAGCAGGUUAACAAAGAAGACGACUUUCAGAGGGAGAUGUACUUCUAUCGACAGGCCCAGCAGACCGUCCUUACAGCACUGCCCAAGUUACAGAAGUUACAGAUUCCCACCAAACGGCCAGAGGAUUACUUUGCAGAGAUGGCCAAGUCUGAUCAGCACAUGCAGAAGAUCAGGAAGAAGUUGAUCCAGAAGCAGAUGGCGAUGGAGAAAUCUGAAAAAGCCAAGAAGCUGAGAGAACAGAGGAAGUUCAGCAAGAAGGUUCAGGUCCAGGUUCUGCAGAAGAGACAGAAGGACAAGAAGACCAUGUUGACGGCAGUGAAGAAAUAUCAGAAAGGUAUGAGCGAUAAACUGGACUUUCUAGAAGGAGAUGAUGAGGGGAAGAGAGCAGCAGCUGGAGCUCCGUCUAAACCACACGUUAACAAGAAAGGCCCUAAUGCUAAGAGGAAGUUCAAGGACUCGAGGUUUGGGUUCGGAGGCAAAAAGAAAGGCACCAAGUGGAACACGAAGGAGAGUCACAACGACGUGUCAGGAUUCCGGUCCAAAGUCGCUCACGGCAAAGUGGGCAAGAAAUUCAGCAAAGGAGGGAACAAGAACAAGCGACCGGGAAAAGAAGCACGGCGUAAGACGAAGGCGCGGAAAUGAGACGUGAUGGACAUCUUUAACAUGGAGAAAUGACUGGACUUGUGUGGACCUCCACACACACACACACACACCCACACACACACACUCGAAGGUUGCUGUAGUGUGUGUUUGAGUUGGACUUUAAGGAGCGUCUUGUGAAGUGAUUCAUUCUGGUGAAGCUUUUGUAUUUUUAACAUUUUUAUGAUUGUGAACGCUGUGCUGAUGAUAAAGAUGUGUAUAAAUCUAUCAUUCUGCUGAUUGGUUAGUUUUCUGUCCAGGGGUUUUGUUCUUUUUUUUGUGUCCUAACUGUACACGUUACUCUUGUAGGGUAAUUUUAUUAUAACGUUAAAAUAGAAACGAUUCAUGUAAGAUCCAAUGGACUUUUUACAAAAAUGUUAUCCCAAUUAAUGUGUUUUUUUUAUUUUUCUAUUAACAAUUUCAUCCAUAAGAAAAAUCACAAGUGAAAACUCAAAACUUUAUCCAGUUAAAAAAUUAAUAGCGAAAGAGUCGGUUCGUAUUGGUGAGUCAAAUGACCUGACUCAGUGAAUCGAUUCCGUUAGUGACAUCUCGUGGGCAAAAAGAUGAAGUGUAGCGAUUACAUCUGAUGUGAUGAAUAUAUAUGGGGUUUGUUUGAGCUACAGGCUUGUCAACAAAAGUCCAGAAUUAUUGGCACCCUUGAUUCUGUUUCUUUAGGUUGUCUAAAGCUGUAAAAGUCUAAAGAUAGCUGUAACUUUGCUGAAAUGAUGAGAUUAAAUGACAUAAAACUCAACACAGGACACGAAGCACAAUGAAAAACAUUUAUUAGAAGAACUUUGUUUGUUGUAAACAGUGUAGUAGAAAACAUUUACACUAAAUCCUCUUUAAUGGUCAUCAACAGAUGUUUACCAGCUAACUGAGAAUAUGAAUGUAGAAAAGGGGAACAGAACAUUAAUAAGAGUGUCGGUGUAAAACCUGAGCAUAAUCGUCACCACCUGCGAUGUUAAGCAAAGUUUAUUCUAGAAAAUAACGGUAGCAUUUUAUCAAAACCGCAGCGCAUUAUGGGUUCGAUUUAAAUAAAAAUACCUCUGAGGUUUGCAGUAAUAAACCAAUUUAUUCUCGGGCUUUUAAUGAACACAGCUCUUGUUUAUUAUAGAUUAGAUUUCAGAGCAUAAGGAAUUUACUAAAGCCCUCAUUUAGGGACUCGUUAUCUCAGCUUAACUAAUUUACACCAAAAUAAAGAAAUGUAUGUAAAAGAUAUUCAUCCGUCACAUUCUAGAGUGAAAUCAGGGUUCAGAAAGAAGAUUUUUUUUAAUCAUCGUUUAAGUAAAAGUCGUCUCUGGAGGUCCGGAUGUUCGUCGCUGGCGAACUUCAGUCCCUGUUGGAAAAAAAGACACUUUGUCUAUUAAAUAUAUAAAAAGCAA